GGGGUGAGGGUGGCCCGUCGGCACGAGCGCAGACAGCGAGGAACAGCUGCAGAGAAGCUCUCGUUCAUUGAAUUGCACAGCAUAGCUCAUACAAUAUAACUAUUCCCCCCGAAAACAAAACAAAACAAAUUAUAUCGUACAAACCAUAACCAUCCAACAUGGUUGACCGCGAGCAGCUGGUUCAAAAAGCCAGGCUGGCAGAGCAAGCAGAGAGAUAUGACGAUAUGGCAGCAGCCAUGAAAUCGGUAACUGAGCUGAACGAGGCCUUGUCGAAUGAAGAGAGGAAUCUCUUGUCCGUUGCUUAUAAGAAUGUUGUAGGCGCACGCCGUUCAUCUUGGAGAGUCAUCUCUAGCAUUGAGCAGAAGACUUCUGCAGAUGGCAACGAGAAGAAGAUCGAGAUGGUGAGGGCCUACCGUGAGAAGAUCGAAAAAGAGCUUGAGGCAGUGUGCCAAGAUGUUCUCAACCUGUUGGAUAACUUCCUUAUCAAGAACUGCAACGACACCCAGCACGAGAGCAAGGUCUUCUUCCUGAAGAUGAAGGGAGACUACUACCGCUACUUGGCCGAGGUGGCCACCGGUGAGAAGAAGUCCACUGUGGUGGAAUCUUCGGAGAAGGCCUACAACGAGGCUCAUGAGAUCAGCAAAGAGCACAUGCAGCCCACCCAUCCCAUCCGACUGGGAUUGGCCCUCAACUACUCAGUGUUCUACUACGAGAUCCAGAAUGCUCCGGAACAAGCCUGUCAUCUGGCCAAGACUGCCUUCGAUGACGCUAUCGCCGAGCUCGACACGCUUAAUGAGGACUCCUACAAAGACUCAACCCUCAUCAUGCAGCUCCUCCGAGACAACUUAACACUGUGGACGAGUGACCAGCAAGAUGAUGAGGCUGGGGAGGGCAACAAUUAAAAGUAGACCUCCCUAUGUAGAAACAAAAAAUGGCUGGUGGACUUUGGCAGCAGCUUUUGCCAUGGUUUCCUCUGCAGCAGCAGUUCUUUAUUUUUCCACGAGUUAAAAGAAAAAAUAUCAAAGGGGGUUUGGGGGGCUUAAGUCCUAGUUUGAAUAUAUACAGAAAUAUAUAUAGUUGAAUGGGCCUCCCUCUUCUUGGUUCUCCUUGACGUUUGCCAAAACCACUGAAAUGUCAGUCAAUGAGCCGGCAGUGGUCGUUGUUGGUUUGGAAUGGCAGCCUCACACUGGCAAAUGGACUGAUGCAUUUCAAAGGAAUGCUGCUUAUUUAUCUUUUGGGUAGUAGUAAAGCAUUUCAAAUAGAGGGUUUGGAGCAACGGCAUUUGAAGGAGAAAUGGUGUUUUAAAUGGUUCCAGUAUAAGUCAUGAGUUGAUUUGUUAAGAGUUGUCCUGUAUGCAGUAAUUAAACAAACAUAAAUCUAUAUACUAAGGCUUAUCUCCCAUUGUCAUUUAGCUGUUAAAUGGAAGUGUGAUGAAUGAAAUUAAGUAUUCUUUGAAUGCAUAAAAAUUAACAAAAAUCAUUGCCAUAUAAUCAUUGCAGUGUGAUACUACUGGAACCAUUCACUUUAUUUUGAAGGACAGGUUAGGAAGAAGACAGACUGGUCUGAUUUAAAUUAAAUAAAAAAAUAAGAAAAGAAAAGAAAACGAGAAAAUAUUGCAGCUUCAAAGUUUGUGGUUUACUUCUGUGUUUAACUUAUUUUUGCACUUGCCAAUUAUACUGUUUUGUCAGUGUAAUAUAAUUACAAUGAUACUAUCAGUGAUUCAAUAUUGUGCAUGCUGGUGAUGUAUUUAUACAAUAGCUUGACUUUAUUAACUUAUAUCUUAGAUGUUAUGUAUUCCUAUAAUUGAAAAGUAAACUGGCUUCAUAUUGUUUAUUUAUAAUUUAUUAGUUUUUGUUUUGAUUUGCUAUUCCAAAAUUGUGAUUGUUAACAAUAAAUUGAUCUGUUAUGGCCGUUGCCGUGGUGACAUGGAAUGUUUAUUUCUUUAGCUAUAGGCUGACUUUCGGAAAACACUACUGAUCACUUAAUUGUACCAGUGUUUUUCUUGGUUAACUAUUACCAUGACGUUGUGCAAUGUUUUGCUCUCUGAACAAUAUAUGAGUGCUCUUCUUGUCACAUUAUGCACAUCGAACAUGUGUGGUUUAAACAACAGUGAAGUUACAGAAUCAGUGUUUCCGUGACCGAUUCAGAAUAUUUGGCAGUGUUUUUUAAUUAAUCUAAUUGCCCUUUCUUUCUUUCUUUUUUCUUUUCUUCUUGUUUGACUUUUAGCUGUCUCCUGGGUCACAAAUAUCUUGAAUGGGAAUUAUUAUGUUGCAGUUGCACAAGAGCCAAAAGAAUAACAAUAAAUAUAAUAACAAUAAAAAGACAAAAAAAGAAGAUAGGCCUCGAUACUGUAGAUGCAUCUUGUCAAUUUAGCUAAUUUGUAUUGUUCUUAAUUUUUGGCUUAUCUAAAAAAAUACAAUUAUUCAACAAAGAAAAUACAUAAUUAAACUAAAGUUCAUUCAAUAUUUGCAAUGUGUGAUAAAACCGAAGUCCUGUCUUUUUUGGCAUUGUAUCGCUAACAUUUUACAACUACUAUUAGUUCAUGCAAAAUUAAUUAACAAGGUUUAUUGUUAAUUUAUGAGACCUUAUGCAUUUACUAAAGUUAACAAAUUUGACCUUAUUGUAAAUUGUUGCCACAUUAGUUAAUGCAUUAUGAACUGUAACAACAAUGAACAGUAUAAUAGCAAUGGACAGGAUUAAUAAAUGCUGUAAAAAAUAUUGUGUGUUACCAUUUGUGUAAAGUGUUACCAUUUGCUGUUUUAAUUGCACCUUGUCAUCCAGCCUCCAAAUCCCAAUGCAGAUUUACUAUUACCCACCAGUGUUUCUUUAAAAGCAGAGUGUUGCAGCCAAAAUGUCAACAGGUUAAAACACCCAGUGUUUAAUCCACAACUAAAUUUAAGAAGACCAAAUUAUCUUUCUAUGCAGCACACCUAGUAUCCGUGAUUAGUGUUCACCACUGCAUUGCAGAGCUCACCUGCUUUCCACAACAUAAUAAAGUGCUUGACAGAUGAAUAUGCCUCAAUAAGGAUGAAAAUUAUUGACUCAGAAUCAUUAUUUCAUGUUUAGAAAAGAAAUUACAACUGCACAAAGAAAUAGCUGACUUUCAUCAUUUGAAGGUCACAUAACAAAUCUGUUUGCCUUUAAACAUGCAGUAUUCAUUCAAAUUCAUUAUCAGCAUGACUAAUUUGAAUAGCCUAAUUGUCUUACCAGUG